GCGAACCAGUUCGCUUGCUCGUUCUCUACCACUCCUACCGUCGGUUAAUUACCAUAUUUGAAUAUUCCGCCUUUGUUAAACGGCAUGCAAUAUCAGCUAAUUUAAAGAGAUACAAUUUUCUUCGCCCUGUGAUAAGGCAAGCGUUAGUUCCCGAUAGUAUGCAGCGUCUAGAUUAGAUAGAAAAGGACAUACACGGUGAUAUGGGUCGCGUGGUUUGGUUGGUGUGGGCGGCAGCGCUGGCCAUAGCUGCAGCCGACGAGGCCUCCGAUCCUGAGGGUCUUUUAGAACCAGGCACAGAAACUGCUGCAAAGGACGCUAAGUACUCGGUGUAUGUGGGCCGGUGGACUGAAUGCAGUCCCCUGGGGCCGGGCGAGCACGCCGUCAGGUCCUCUGGAAGUAUCCCAUUUAGGUCUCUAAGGUCUGAGGCGGACUCCCUCGUGCACACCCCUCGACUCGGACUGCAGAGACGGCAAGUACAAUGCCGCAGCAAGAAUGGACAAUUUGUUGAAGCUAUGUUCUGUGGUACUGCUAUAACAAAUGUGGGGACGACACGUGUUUGUGUGAUUCGCGAGAACUGCACGUUAGCUGAAUGGUUACCAUGGCGGCCGAGGACUGAUGGGGCUCUAGUCCGCACGCGACGACUUAAACGCUUGCCCCAAGGAGGCGGUCAGGAAUGUGAUGUGGUUGAGGAAGUGAGGCCAGCAGCUUUAGAAGCAAGUGCCCAUUGGGUUCCUGGAGCAUGGGGUCCUUGUCGUGUAGCUACAGAAGCAACAGUUCCUGCUUUACCAGCAGUUACCGAUGAAGACGACGAUGCUGAUGACAAUGACGCUAUCUACGAUGAUGACGAUGACGACGAUGAGAAGGAUGAUGAUAGAGAUGCGAACGCAGCGAGCUGCGGGGGCGGCGUGCAGCGGCGGGAGGCGACGUGCGUGCGCGCUGACGGCCGGACCCUCCAUCCCACACAAUGUGCACAUGUGGUCAUGCCAACUUUGGUACAACCGUGCGAGGUGCCCUGUCCACGAGAUUGCGAAGUAGGCGAAUGGAGUGAGUGGGGUGCAUGCCAACCAACGGACGGCUGUCCUCUGUUCCCAGUGCAACAGCUUACGACUAUUGGAUACAGCGUUCGCCGACGCCGCGUCAUCUCAGCAGCAUCGGGCGGCGGAGCCCCGUGUCCACCCCUGGAAGAGAAGCGGACCUGUAGCACACCUCGUUGCGCUUCCUGGAAGGCGACACCGUGGAGCCCUUGUGUCCUCAGCUAUGCUCAUACUAUCUGUGGGCCCGGAAAGCGCAGCCGAGAGCUACGAUGUGUCGGACAUGAUGGAAAGGAAGCCCAGCGUGCAUGGUGCAGCGGCUCUGCUGCGCCGGCUCGUAGCGAGCGUUGCCGCAUCGCGUGCGCGGCAGACUGUGUGGUAUCGUCGUGGGGCCCUUGGUCUCCAUGCUCAGCGUCCUGCGCUUCGUCUGCUCAUCCACGACCUACUAGAACUCGACGCCGACAUAUCUUAGCGCAUGCUUCUCCCAAUGGUUUUCCCUGUCCCACCGAAGAUCAGUUAGUCCAAAACGAGACAUGCAACAACCACGCAUGCGCGACGUACUCGUGGCUGGCGACCCCGUGGGGCCCGUGCCACCGGCGGCAGCAGGAUUACAUUCCUGUAACCAACUACACUGAAUUGGCGGACGGAGAAGCUAUCAACGGAAGUGAUGAAGACGAGCCUUGUAUUGAGGAGGGCGAAAUGGUUAGAGAUGUUAUGUGCGUGCAAAACAACGCCGAUGUUGUACGAGAAGCAUUGUGUGCUCCUCUUCGCCGGCCGGCUUCCCGCCGCGGAUGUACAAUUAGAUGUCGGAAAGGAUGCAAGGUAGAAGCCUGGAUGCCUUGGUCGCCUUGUCCUAAUACAUGUGAUCCCGGCAAACAAAUUCGUUUGCGGGUUGUAACUGGUGGUCCCAGCUGCGGACCGAAGCAGGAGACGCGCGAGUGCCCUGUGCCGCGGUCGUGCCGCUCCCGUGACGUCACGUGGGUCGCUGGGGAGUGGAGCACCUGUCGUAUGCCGCCGGGAGAUAGAUGCGGCGUGGGGUACAGGGCGCGCAGCAUCUGGUGCGGUUCAGACUCACAUCGUGUAGAAGCUGGCGCAUGUGCAGGCCAGCUGGUACCGCAGAGCGUGGCGUCGUGCCAGGUCUCCUGUGACCACAUGGAGCAAUUGACUUGCAACAUUAUCUGCGCUGAUCCACUGAGAUACUUGGAUGCCUCAGAACCUGAUGUUCCGAACUGUGUUUGCAAAAAUGUCACAUUGGAGCUGCUACCGACGGAUUCAGAUUGCAUUCUACCUCAGGGCCUUGAGUGUGGAGAAGGCAGAUCUUUGAUAGCCGCGCGCUGCAUGGUGGGUGGCCGUGAUGUGCCAAUGGAUCUUUGCAAGAAAUAUCACCCGCUGACUGGUCCGAAUCGAGUCCGCGAGGCGUCUACGGACGGGUACACGUACGACGCGGAAUUCCCGUCACUGCUGCGCGGCGCGUGCACGGUGCGAUGCGCGCGCGACUGCAGCGCGGGCGCGUGGGGCGAGUGGGGACCAUGCGCCUCCGAGCCGGGCUCAAAGGCCGCCUUUCGAUUCCGGACCAGGGAGGUAAUAGAAGAGGGUUCAGCGGGCGGCCGAGAAUGCGGCGCGACUCUACAGCGUGCCACUUGCGCCGUGUCCGAGCCGCGCUGGGCAAUCAGCGAGUGGUCCGUAUGCUCUCCGCCCAGGUCCCUAUGCGGACGGGCCAUCAUCAACCGAACUGUUACUUGCGUAGACGCGGAGGGCAACGCGCUGGAUGACGCAACAUGCGAGGCGGCGGGCGCGGGACAGACGCCGUCGCGCGAGGCGACGUGCCGCGCGCCCUGCCCCGCCGACUGUGUCGUCAGCUCGUGGUCCGAGUGGAGCCCUUGCGAACAGACAAAGUGGGGUGGUCGCCGCGAUCGGACGCGUGUUGUUCUCCGACGCGCUAUGGAAGGUGGUACCGAAUGCCCGCAUCUGGUGGCCGCAGAACCUUGCUCUCCACAUGGAUACUCCUGGCACGUUGCUCCCUGGGACGAUUGUCAGCCCCUAGGCGGAUCACCAUGUGGUGAAGGCACCAAGAAGAGAGCAGUGCGAUGUUUACGUAGCGAUGGAGUUUUUGUCAAUGAUUCUUUCUGUCCUAACACGACGUCGACGGAAGCAAAGGAGUCGUGGUGCUACGUGCCAUGCGGCGUUGACUGCGAACUGGGCGAGUGGGGCGCGUGGGACGCGUCCGCGUGCUCCUGCGGCGACACAUCCGCCGCCCGGCACAUGCGCCGUACCAGACAACACCUGACGGCGGCGGUGUGGCCGGGCCGCGCGUGUCCGCCCACGGAGCAGCGCGCGCCGUGCCCUCGUGAGCCUUGUCUCAGACUCGUCGCCAGACCCUCGCUCGGUUGCCAUCUUCAGACGUCAUCAGGGGAUGAAGCGGACGGCGUAUGCGGUUGGGGAGUAAAGGUGUCCCAUGCCAGAUGUGAACUGACCAGCGUGGGAGACGAACCCCCAACUGACGCGUAUCUGGAGCCGUGGCGCUGCGCCACGGUGUUGCCCGGGCGAAUUAUAGCACCGCCCAUGUACUAUCAGGAGGAAGAGGCAUGUGAAGUGGAAUGUGGUUGCAAAGAGUCGGAACAAGGCCAGCCGGGUCCGUGGGGGUCGUGGGGCCCGUGCCGCGGCGGCGCCCGCUCCCGCACCCGGCAGAUGUUGGUUCCAGCGCGCAGAGCUUGCAGGACUCCUUCUAGAUACGUGACUAUUGAAUGGGCAAACUGCACGAACGACUCAGACGAGAUCCCGGACCUGCUGGCGGUAGAAACCCGUGAAGACAAACCGCGACGCGCCUGGGUUGACAACGAUGUUUACCACGAUGGAUACAUAGAGGGCAGCAGCUCGGUACUAGCAGUGGUGUGGACCGCUACAAUUGUUCUCAGCCUGUAUGGAGCAUUUAUGUUGUAUCGAGGAUUCCUCAGAUGCCUGAGAAGUAGGAAACUGAAGACCGUCACCAAAGUUUAAGCACGAUUCACCGAAAUCUACGACAUACCCAUUGAUUCCGCGGUAACGGUAACCACAGGCUCUGUCUCUCAUCAUUGUGUAUCUUCUAGUUUUGUUAUAAUCUCAUGUUACAUUUGUUGAUUUCUUUGUUUAAAUUUAAGAUAUCUUUAACGUUAUGUUUAUAUCCAUAUAAUGUACCAAAGAGCUAAGUUGAUGUGUAACAUCUAUCGUUUAAGUAAUGUUUGAAUCGUUUAUUCAAUAAGUUACAAAGUGCAUUUAAUUUGCAUUUUAUGUCUGAAUAUUGAAUGGCGUUUAAAAUUCCUAACAUGCUACUGUAUCAGCGCAACUGUUGCCGGUUACAAAGAUAUUAGAAUAAAUUGAAUGAAAUUUAUAGUCAGCAAAGAGUCUGUCCGCAGGAGUGCUUCCAUGUUUUUACUACGUAUAUAAAAUUACGCUUUUAGAAGGUUUUUAUAACUUUUCCACGCUGAACAACAAGCCGCAGUUGUGGUUGGGCUUUCGAUUGACAAUAUUCGAUUAAGCAACAAUACUAGUGUCGGCUACUUACGUAGCUUUCUAGUCAAGUAAUGGAUGGAUUGAUGUAAUUUAGAGAAUAGCUGUGGUGUAGAGUUUCGAACGGAGAAACAAUAGGUAGCGGCGGUGUGAAAACAUAAACCCAUCCCAUUUGAUAUGCUGCUUGCAUGUUAACUCCCAGUUAACAAAACAGAUCCAAUUGGUGUUAGAAAUGUAACCACAAAUAAAUUUGGUACAUAUAUGUUAUGUGUAUUGUAUGCUUUAAACGAUUAAUUUAUACGGUUUAGAUUACGUUCCAAAGACUAAAAUAAUAAGUUCUUGCACAAUUUAUAUUAAGUCGGUUUGAGUAUUAUCAAAUAUUUAUUUUUACUGACAAAUUUUAGCUAAGUCGAUGGUAUGAGAACGACUGAGAACUGCCGUAUGUAGAUUCGGAGCUCGGCGCUCUAGUGACCAAAUAAGACGUGACACAUCAUGCCACAUAUCAGUGUUUAUAAUGAAGCGUAAAUGAUCCACAUCCUAUCAUAACUCGGACGGAGUCAUUUGCGGAAAUGUGACAGCGCUUGAAACAUCUACAAGUAGAGCUUUGGCGCACAAAAACCUACCUAUUAUGAAUAGCUUAUAAGAUCUAUUAUUAACUGAUCAUACCGUUUUGAGAUAAUAAUCGUAUAUAACAUUUUUUGUAGAUUUUGCAUUUAAGCCCAUGUAUUGUGAAGUAUCUAAGUAUUUAUAAUGUGAGUGUGUUCUACGUCUCAUCGACUUCUUUCCCGUGCGCUUCCUUUUUCCUUUCCCUGUUCUGUCUCUGCGCUUAUCUCUAUGAUAUUAUAAAUCGAUGUCAUCUGCUACAUUUGUUUAUAGUUUAUUUGUUUUGUUGUAUCUUUCUCGUGCACUUCCUACAUUUGUGUUCGUAAAUAUGUAUCAUCCUUGGCUACUUCUUGUUCCUUCAUGACAAUAUUGACGUUACUAACAUAAGUUACUACGUAUUAUGUAAACUAUCAAAACAAUAUGUUAUCCGAUUAUAAUAUAGUUUCUUCAGUAUUAACUAAAUCUAUACUUUACUAACGACACUUUAAUCUUUGAUCUGUCUGUAUUUUCUUGGCCCAAAGUAUUUGUAAUCUUACCAUUAUACCAUUAAGAUUCUAUAUUGGUGUGAAACAUUAUAGUUAAGGGAUCGUGUUAGACAAUACAAUAUUUGAUAUAUAAUAAAAUUUGAUUGUGUUUUUAUAUACAUGAUUUUUAUUUAACAACAUAAUUUAUUCAAUUUUCCUCUGUAAUGUGCUUAUACUACACAAGAAACAUCUAUACCAUGUAUUUUUAAAUUGGCAUUACAAAAAUUCAAUCUAUAAAAUGUUUGUUAAAAUUUUAUAGGUCUAACGUGGUAUAGUUGUUCGAAGUUUGAAACUGAUACUAUUGGACAAUGUUUACAUUCAUUUGUAAACUGGUCAAAGCUUUGGCUUCAUAUCGUAACUCCGCCAGGCCUUUCUGUACGAUAGCAUUCACUCGAGCAGCCUGCAGGUCCCGCUUCCAUUUAGCAACAUCUUUCUCUGCCACAGCUAGGUUCUCUAUAUUGUUUAAUAAAACCUAAAGGAAUGGAAAACAGUUUAUAUGUUACAUAAAAACAUUACUCUGAUGAUAAUAUUGUAAGACAUACACUUGUCUGUCUAUGAAAAGCAUUACUAUUUAACCGAAAGAAAAAGCAUGAGGCUAAUCGCCGUUUCCAAUCGUAAACAAUCGCAAUCCUGUUUUUAUCGCAAAAAUGAACGAAACAACAAAGUUUUUUUACAAACAUAUUUCGGUUAGUUCAUUCAAAGAACGGAUCGAAGACUAGAUUGGUAUCAUUUAUUAAAAACGGCCGCUACAUAUUAGAUUGAACGCCCAGUUUUUACACACUUAUAACUGUUAAUUCCCAGAAACAAUUCUAUAAGUGGUACGUAAUGUACUGUACAAUGAUGUGUGCAGUGACAAUGUUCUUGUAGGCUUGUUCUUUAGGAACAUUCUGCAAUCUAAUCAUUCUCAAAGAAAGCGAAGGUGUCGAUUGAUCGUUUUAUAAGUAAAUGAAAUAAAUUUUAUUCGCUUCGUAAUUCAAUUUAGGAAAUACUUUCUUAAAAUACCUAAAUCGAGAAAAGCAACUAAAACUGAUUAUUUGUAAUAAAUAAUUAUAUUAAAUUCAUCGUCAUCAUAAAACCUGUAAAUGCUUAUGUCUGGACUCAAAGAGAAAGUUUAUUUAGAAUAAAGACUAAUUAAAAUGGCGGUUAAAUAAUAUGGCUACAAAAUAAUAAACAA